AUGUUCCUGGUUCGGCGAUUUGCGAGGAGAAGGAAGAACAACACAAAGAGCAAGAAGGACAAACCAAGGAAGAGCAAGAAGGACAACACGAAGAGCAAGAACAAGCAGAGGAGGACGACGACACAUGGGAGGGCUGUGCCGGGGGCACGAUGCACCGCAGCUAUUGACUUUGGCACAACCAACAGCGGAGCCGCGUACAAGCUCGCACAGGCAAGCGACAACGACGUCACGGCGCUGCAGUUUCCUGGUGAAAGCAACAUCAAAGUGCCGACGAGCGUUGUUGUUGAGCGACAGGCGCCGCACAACGCUGUUGGGUUUGGGCCUUCAGCGACAAGCCGAUAUGAGGAAGGGCUGCACGCAAUCUUCCACCGCUUCAAGAUGCAGCUGUACAAGAACUCCCGCGCCAAGACGCUGAAGGCGGACGUGGGCGACCUGGAGCUGCCGACGGACUUGGUGAUUGCACGCUGCCUGGGGCUGCUCAAGGACAUGGUGCUGCAGCAGAUCAAGGACCGCAACGCACUCAACGUGAGCGCGUAUGAGGUGCAGUGGGUGCUGACGGUGCCUGCCAUCUGGGAGGAGUCGUCCAAGGCGCUGAUGCGGCGUGCGGCAUUCAAGGCCGGGCUGAUUGACACGGAGACCUCUGACCGGCUGCUGCUUGCGCUUGAGCCGGAGUGUGCUGCGCUGGACUGCCACGAGACGCUUGCUGCGGACCUGCUGAAGCGGGGGACGCGGUAUGUGGUGGUGGACUGUGGCGGGGGCACGGUGGACACGGCCGCGUUUGAGGCGAUGCAGCCGAAGCCGAACGUGCGGCUUGAGGCGGCACUGCCACCGCGCGGCGGCAACUGGGGCUCCACCCGCAUUGACGAGAAGUUUCUGGAGUUCCUGCGCGAGCUGCUGGACAACCCGCCGUGCCUGCGCGCAAACACGUUUGCGGUGUUUGACAUGCUGACGAGCGUGUGGGAGGACCGCAAGGUGAACUUUGACGUGUCACGGCUGAGCGACCCCGACGCCAGGCUGCGCAUCAACCUCAACCCUGUGCUUCAAGAGAUGGACAGGCCACCCAAGCUGGUCGAUGCCGUGGCCCGGUACAACAGGAAGCACCCAGGCGCGAACCUCAAGUGCUUUGGUGCUGCAAGCCUGAAGCUGACCGCUGCGCACAUGAAGACGUUCUACGACGAGGUGCUGAAUGACAUCAAGACGCACGUGCGUGAGCUGCUGCGCGACAUGGGGCGGACGGACUAUGUUGUGCUUGUUGGCGGGUUUGGGGGUAGCAGCUUUGUGCGAGAUGCUGUGCGGGAGGCUGCAUCGGAAUCGGGUGUGCAGGUGCUGAUCCCACCCCGGCCGUGGGCCUCCAUCGUCAUGGGCGCUGUCAGGUUUGGUCAGUGCGGGGGCGUUACCAUCGCUGCAAGGCGGUCCGCCCUCACGUACGGCAUUGGCAGCAGCGUUGCGGAAUCUGUGUUCAAGCGUGACCACCCAGAUGUUGAUGCCGGCCGUCGCGUGCGCCACAAUGCCCAGAAGAAGAUGAAUGUUGUGUCCAACGUGUUUACGCCGUUUGUGCGCGCCAAUGACAAGGUUCCUGUUGACCAUGAGGUGCGGCAGUGUUUCCACCCGAUGUACCUUGAGCAGCGGCGUGCGACUGUGCCCAUCCUCUCGAGCCAUCGCCGUGACGUCGUUUUCUCCGAUGACAAGUCGCAUGUGCGGGAGGAGUGUCGCGUGCCGUUUCCCGUUGAGGCGUUGGGCUGGCGCAACACGCCGUUGGAAGUGCGAAUGAAGUUUGGACAGACAGAGGUUAUGGUGUUCCUCAAGUCCAGCAUGACUGGCGAGGAGAAGCGUGUGCCAGUGACGUUUACUUCAUCCGCAGGUCAAUUGGGCAAGUAA